GAAUAAAAAUUUCUAUUUCAUUCUAAAUAAAGUUAUGAUAGGUAUCCACUUGAUCAAGUUUGUUCACACUUUAUAAAUACUCAUGUACCUGCUCAAUUUACACCAAACAAAACUCCCUACAACCAGUGAUAUCCCGGAAAUUAUUUUUUUGAGAGAUUCCAAAAGUAAUCAAGUAAAAACUGUCUCCAAGGUAUAUGCAGAUGUCUUAUCCAACAAGCUGAGUUCUUACUAUGAGUAUGACAAAUACGUACCCGAAUAUGAAGACGUCAAUGAUUACUCACUUAUUCGAAAGCUGGGACACGGCAAGUACAGCAUCGUUUUUGAAGGCUCGCAUGAACCAAAAAAUGAAAGAGUCGUCAUAAAAAUGUUGAAACCGGUAAGGAAGAGAAAAGUUAAACGGGAAAUAAAAAUUCUGGACUGCCUCAAAGGAGGACCCAACAUCGUGAAGCUCUUGGCAGUGGUGAACAUGCCCAACAUCGACCAGACUGCCUUGGUAUUCGAGCAGCUGGUUCAUAACGAAGAUUUCAAGAAUAUCUAUUUGAAACUCAGCGAGUCAGAUUCUAGGUACUAUCUAUAUGAAGUGCUAAAAGCUCUAGAUUAUUGCCACAGCAGGGGCAUAAUGCAUCGUGAUGUGAAACCACACAAUAUCGUGAUAGAUCAGGAGAACCGCAAGAUACGUUUGAUUGACUGGGGUUUGGCAGAAUUUUAUCAUCCCGGACAAGAGUACAAUGUCAGGGUAGCUUCUCGGUACUUCAAAGGGCCUGAAUUGCUGGUCGACUAUGGCUACUAUGACUAUUCCUUGGAUAUGUGGUCUCUGGGAUGCAUGUUCGCUUCUAUGCUGUUCAGGAAAGAACCAUUUUUCCAUGGGAUGGACAACUAUGACCAGUUGGUUAGAAUCGUUAAAGUAUUGGGUAAUAGUCAUGUUCACUUAUUGCUCAUCAUUCCUUUGAACAUUAUGCAGUCUCUCAUAGGGACUCAUACAAGGAAAUCUUGGCAACGUUUCGUCCACACCGAACACGAGUACCUGAUCACCGACCAAGCCAUCAAUCUGCUCGAGUCACUCCUCAAGAUCGACCACAUGGAGCGAAUCACCGCCAGAGAGGCGUUGAACCACAAGUACUUCUCGCCAGUCAGACGGAAAAUAUACGGAAGAUCGCCUUCUGGAUUGACGGCGACGGAAGACGCUCAGUAAGAGGUUGUUUGCAGUUUAGAAUUCUGUUUAUGAAAGUUUUGAGUUGUCGGGCGCUUCGAUAGGUCCCUCUGUUUCUUGAAGUUUCCAUUUUUUUUUUUGACUAUUUUUCGACUGCAAACCUGUUUGAUAAAUUUUGGAAAGUAUUGAUGUAAUA